UGUACUGUGCUACUGUUACACCCAAAAGAUUAGAAGAGGCAAAAGUUUUUGAAAUAGCUCACUCCGAAGCAGAGUGGAGGAGAUGAAAUUGCUAUCGCCAUCCACCACCGCUACUAACAUUUAUCUAUCACCUUUCACUUUUCUUCCCCGCCACUCUCAUGCAGGGUUAUCUUCUGGUACCGUCAAAUUGUCAAAGAAAGAGAGAAGAUGCAUAAGGAAUGCUGGACCUGCUAAAAUAACUGCAGAGUUUGAGCUGAAGCCACCACCAUAUCCACUAAGUGCUUUGGAGCCAGUUAUGAGCCAGGAGACACUUGAGUACCAUUGGGGGAAGCACCACAGGACUUAUGUAAAUAAUCUGAACAAUCAAAUUGAUGGAACCGAUCUAGAUGGGAAGUCACUAGAGGAAAUUGUAGUUAUUUCAUACAAUAAGGGUGACAUGCUUCCAGCUUUCAACAAUGCAGCACAGGCAUGGAACCAUGACUUCUUCUGGGAGUCCAUGAAACCUGGUGGUGGUGGAAAGCCAUCUGGGGAUCUUCUAAAGCUGAUCGAAAGAGAUUUUGGUUCCUUUGAAAGUUUCCUUGAUGAGUUCAAGACUGCUGCUUCAACACAAUUUGGUUCAGGAUGGACAUGGCUUGCAUAUAAAGAAAGCAGACUUGAUGUGGGAAAUGCAGUAAAUCCUCUUCGAUCUGAUGAGGACAAUAAGCUAGUUGUGGUGAAGACUCCCAAUGCUGUUAACCCCCUUGUUUGGAACUAUUAUCACCCACUCCUUACCAUUGAUGUCUGGGAGCACGCUUACUUCCUUGACUUUGAGUACCGUCGCCCUGAUUAUAUAGCAGUGUUCAUGGAUAAGCUUGUGUCUUGGGAAGCAGUCAGCUCAAGAUUUGAGCAAGCUAAGGCUCUCAUCGCGGAGAGGGAGAGAGAGAAUGAGAGGAAAAGAAGAGAGGAAGAGAAACCAACAACAAAUGGAGCUGCUGCUGAGAUAUAUUCUGAAAGUGAUUCUGACUUAGAUGUGGAAUGAGUUAACUUCUUUUCAUAUAGAUGGAGUAUAAAAUUAUGUAUCCUUUGCACUAGCUAGGGGUGAUAUAGAGGUUCAAUCACUUCAAGCUGCAAAUUUUGUUCUAUGAUAGAUGCUGUAAAUUAGUGUUUCGUACAUGCAUUCAUGAUAUAAAAUCUGAUCUUAUUUAUGGAUUCUUUU